GUGGCGCCUGACCGGCAUGGAGGGCUGGCUCCGCCGCAGCCACCCCUUCUCGCCACCGACCCUCGUCCAGCCACCAACGCGGCAUUCGCAGUACGCCGGGCGCUGGGGCCGCCGCCAGCACGAGCAGCGGAGCAUCCACAUCGAGGAGAAAGAG